AUGGCUGCAUGGGGAGGCUUGGGCGCAUUAUUUGAGAAUCCCAAGCCCAAGAACCCCACGCUCAUCGAGUCCCUGUCUCCGUGGAACCAGAUCAUGCCCACGAAACCACUAGAGGAAGCCGCCGGCUUCACCGAGAUCUUUGGGGAGCUCCACUUCCAGGAGAAGCUCCAGCUCUGCACCGAAAGGCUUGGCUCCGAGAGCUCCGACAACGUCGAUCGCCUGACGACGAAGGAACUGGAAGAGAGUGGCAGCGGGCUUAACUCCAGGGAGAAGCCUAAAACCGAGGUUACUGCACACGAGUACAAGAAUUGCUCCGCCGCGAGAGCGAGAACUAGAGUGUUCCCUCCCCCGCCAAUAUCCUCGGCGAGGAGGAGCGGCAACUCGUGGAUCUACUUCAAGUCUUGCAGGGAGGACGGGAGGCUCGUUCUGAGGAAGGUCACCGUUCCCACUCAAGAACUCCUGCACGCGUCGCGAGGAGAAGGGCGCCUCAAGCUGCAUCUUGUCUUGCCGGACUCGGCCAGCGCCAAAGGAGGUGAAGAACAUGAAGAGCGAGAAGGGACGACAGUGGAGGAGGCAGUGGAAGAGACAUCGCCAAUUAUAUGA